AAACGACAUCGUAUCAACCAUCUUCUCCUGUAUCAUAUAACAUAUGAUAUUACAUAAAUCCACCUUAAUGAAAAGAAAACUGUACAUCCCCCCAUUCCCUCUUUCUCCCCCAAAUUAAACAUUCAAUUUAUAUAAUAAUUUGAAUAUCAAAAUCAAAAUAAGCCCUAAACCUCAAAAAACCCCCAAAUUUCAAUUUCUGAAUGGCCUUUCACGUCGCAUGUCCAAUUACAUGUCGACGAAUCUGCAACUGCAAGCUCGGAUUUCCGCCGGAGCUGCGUACCGAGAAGGCGCAGGCUGAGUUUCUGGAAGCAGCGGCUAGGGUUGAGGCGAUUUUCAACGAUCGGAGUUUGAUUUAUGGCAAAUCGGAGACGGUGGAGGUGCUGGUGCCGAAGGUGGUGGUUAUGCCGCCUCCGGCGAUGGCGUCGCAGCCGAUCGGGAGUCCUGAUGUGGUUGUGGUGGAUGGAGAUGUGGCGGAGGAGUUGUCGGUGCAGAGUAAGCGGUUUGUGAUGCAGAAGAAGGCUGCUGCUGCGUCGGUUGUGGCCGAGGAUUAUGCGAGAAGAUUUGAGUCUGGUGAUGUUGCUGUGGAUUUGACGAAAGAUGACGGAGAUGAACAAAGUCUCUCAAAUGCCAAAGUGAUGUGUCGCCUUUGCUUCUCUGGUGAAAAUGAAGAAAGUGAGAGAGCCAGAAAGAUGAUAUCAUGCAAAAACUGUAACAAGAAAUAUCACAAAAGCUGUGUGAAAUCUUGGGCUCAAAAUCGAGAUCUGUUUCACUUGAGUUCCUGGACCUGCCCUUCAUGUCGUUCUUGUGAGGUAUGCCGAAGAACUGGUGAUCCGAACAAGCUUAUGUUUUGUAAGAGAUGUGAUGGCGCAUAUCACUGUUACUGUCAGCAGCCUCCACAUAAGAACGUUAGCAGUGGACCUUAUUUGUGCCCUAAGCAUACAAAGUGUCACAGCUGUGCAUCUACAGUUCCUGGGAAUGGUUUAAGUGUCAGAUGGUUUUUAGGGUAUACUUGUUGUGAUGCUUGUGGGAGAUUGUUUGUUAAAGGAAACUACUGUCCUGUUUGUCUAAAGGUCUAUAGAGACUCUGAAUCGACGCCCAUGGUUUGUUGUGACAUCUGUCAACGCUGGGUGCAUUGUCAUUGUGAUGGAAUUAGUGACGAAAAAUAUUUACAAUUUCAAGUGGACAACAACCUGCAAUAUAGAUGUGCCACAUGCCGUGGAGAAUGCUACCAGGUCAGAGAUCUUGAAGAUGCUGUUCAAGAACUCUGGAGGAGAAGAGAUAAAGCUGACCGUGAGUUGAUCGCUCGCUUGAGGGCGGCUGCUGGAUUGCCAACUCAAGAAGAAAUAUUUUCAGUUCAACCGUAUUCUGACGAUGAAGAUAAUAAACCGGUAACAAAAAACGAGCACGGUCGUUCAUUGAAGUUUUCUCUCAAAGCGCCUGUUGACAAAUCACCAAAAAAGAAAUCCGCAAGCAAGAAAUCCGGUAAGAAAAAGGGAUCCAGUAAUUUUAAUUUACCCUUAUUUGGUAAAUCCUACACACGCGCCGAUGGUUUCGUCACCAGCGAUAAUAACAAGGAUGAGAGUGGAGAGUCUGAAAUCGCUGGAAGUUUGACCGAUGGCGUAUGGUCAAACAAUCAUGUCACUAAAAUAACCGAUAAGUCCUUGAACGUCAAGAAACCGAAGCUUGUUAUACAUCUGGGUAGCCGAAAUAAAAAUGUAGCAAACGUACGCCCGGAAAAUGAAUCAAGCAUUAACGGAGAGAAUUUAGGUCAAACAAAAGGAUUAAGAUUAAGAGGAAAAGAGGGAAACACUAUAAAAAUCCGAAAGUUAAAUCCCGAAAACGACGUAAAACCGCGCGUUUCUUUUGGUAAAGGAAGUGAUUAUGUGAACCAUGGCCACAAGGAGAAGGAACUUAAGCCGUUGUUAAGACUCAAGUUCAAGAACCCGUAUUCUGAAAACGUGACCACGUGGUCCCCAUCUGGGGUGGAAAAUGAUCGGAGUUUGGUCAAAGGUCAAAGGUCCAAAAGAAAGAGGCCAUCACCGGUUAUGGAGAAUAGAUCGGUUUCUGUUAGGGAAGAUGAAGGAGCAAGUCACUCGUAUGACGAUGAUGAGAUCAUGGAUGCAAAUUGGAUAAUUCAGAAGUUGGGAAAAGACGCGAUUGGAAAGAAGGUUGAAGUUCAUCAGCGAUCUAAUAAUACCUGGCACAAGGGUAGUGUAAUUGAAGUAUUUGAGGGGACAUCUGUUGUAUCUGUUACAUACGAUGACGGGAAGGCUAGUAACGUAGACCUCGGGAAAGAAGGAAUUCGGUUUUAUUCACAGAAGCGUAAACGAUGAGGUAGCGUUAGUGAUUGUGUUAAUUGGUUGGUUAGGUUAGGUUAAUUAACUUAAUCUAGGUGGAUUGUUGGUAAGUUUUGGAGAAAGGAUAAUAUAGGAAUUUGGCUCCAUCUUGGAACUUGUGGUUUGCUGGUUGUGUGGGCUUGUGAAAGUGAGUUGGUUCACAGGUCACUGUAUGUCCAGUUUCUGAGUCCAGAUGGGGAUUGAUAGUCAUGGUAUUUGGGUCUUUGGAUUUUACCCAAAUGCUGGAUUUUUUUUCUUCUUAAAUUAUAGUUGGAAUAUUUAGAGAUUGUUGAAAUCAUGGUUUUAAUUUUUGAAGAUAUAUUAAAACAAAAAUAAAUAA